AUGAGAAUGAAGGUGGAUACAGAUGGUGUUUUAGUACCACUGAGUUUGUUCAUAGCAGUGGGAUAUCAUGUCUUUCUCUGGAAUACCUUCAAACACAACCCUUCUCGUACUUCAUUUGGCAUCGAAUCUUCCAGACGUAAAUCUUGGUUCCGUGAAAUCAAAGAGGGUGACGAUAAGACUGGGAUGUUAGCAGUGCAAAGCUUAAGGAACAAAAAAAUGGUGACAAUUCUCACAGCUACAAUCGCCAUACUCAUCCUCCUUUCUUUAGCCGCGAUAACUAACAACGCCUUCAACGCGAGUCACCUCUUCACAAAUGCUAAUGACAUCUUCUUCGGCUCACAAAAGGGUACAAUAGUUGUCCUCAAAUACGCCUCUGCCUCGCUUCUUCUCACGGCAAGUUUCUUCUUUAGCUCACUUUCCGUGAGUUACUUGAUGGACGCCAAUUUUCUCAUCAACGCGAUCGCUAAGAAGACAGAAGGAGACUGCGAUUGCGGUUACGGCAUGACGGGGACGGCUUCUUUUAGGGAAUAUACGAGGUUGGUGUUGGAGAGAGGGUUUAUUAUGGCUAUGCUUGGAAACAGAGUAAUGUGUGUUUCUGUACCGUUGUUGCUUUGGAUGUUUGGACCGCUACCGGUGAUUGCUUCUUCCUUAGGCCUUGUUUGGGUGUUGUAUCAGUUUGAUUUCCCCCCAAUCGCCAAAAAAGUUGUUUGCAAACAAUAG